AUGGCUCUGACCGUCGGGGGGUAUAGUAGACAAGCCAUAGAUUUGAACAAAAUCUCGAAAUCCAUCAUCUCGCAUGCGGAGAACACCUUGACCAGCCUCUACAAUCUUCAGAAACUGAGUAUCAGGCUCCAUGGUAGAGACCUGGCGCAAUCAGAAACACAGAAAUAUCGAGAGCAGCUGAAAGCGCAGUGGGAGUCGACGGCCCAGCUCCUCCAAAACGCCCAAGGAUUUAGCGGCGAUGUCGUGCUCCUUCGGGACAGUAUCGGGACGGCUUCUAUUCAAGAUGUCUGUGAAAGCAUCACAGAAAUGAUCUCUACUGCCCAAGAUACCCAUAACUUUGCGUUGAGCAUCAUAGCGACGCAAUCACCGGGAUUCCAGACGCCAUACGACGCAUUAUUUGGGGGGACGAAUAUUUGA